AUGGCGAAGGUAUCGGAUUUCUCAGAUUUAGUCAUCAUCAGUCACAACCCUGGAAACAGCACACGAGCUGCCAGCCUCGAGCGCGCAAGGGCGCUGGCAUAUGCAGCAAGAAUUUCGAGUCCUGCUCGUAAGAAGAAAAAAGCACUGUCCAUGACGAGAUUAGAGCAGCGUCAACAAGCAAAAGAAGCUCGCAACACCUCCAGCCAAGAGAAUGUGGCAACAUUGCAGCUCCUUGGAUCACGAGCAACGUUGCUGACCACACUUUUAAAGCAAGGAAAUAGCGACCCCUUUAACAGCAUGCCAGUGCAGAUUACACCCUCUAUUGGCAGUACGCUCUCGUUCUGGAACUCUAGAAUGCCCGUAUACUGCAGCGAAGGCCGAAGGGUUGUUAACGAGAAGCAAUUCAAUACGGACAUCGUCAAUCUGCACAACGAAGCGUGUUGUAGUGCAUUUUUAUUUCUGUGCGCGACUUUGAUGUCGGCCCAGAAUCCCCAGCAAGCAGAUCUAGUCCACAACAGCCUACGAUUGAAGAACCAGGCCCUGCAAACAUUGCGCACAGAAAUUGCUCGUAACAAAGCUGAGAAAUCGGCAUUUGCGCUUCGGGCCAUAGUCUACCUGUUUGAAGCGACUAUAAUGACAGCCGAAGUCAGCGAAGCGAAGAUCCACGGUGCGUAUGUGGUCGAAGCGCUUCGCCAAAUCGAGGCGAAGAAGCGCCCAAAGGACUACGACAAGCUGUUGAUGCUCGUACGCAUGUACUAUUUGGAUGCCCAAUCAGCACUGGGAUACAUGCGCCGUAUGACUCUAAAUCCGAACGACAUGGUGUCGCUGUUCCAGAAGUCCCUCGAGCCUAUACAGCAGUGGGUCGAUACUCAAGACCCUAGCCUGUUUGCCGGCAUUACAGACGCUGUCUUGUUCAGCAGAAACAUCACUGCAAUGUUCAGACAAAUGCGCGUCAACAUAAUGCUUCAACACAGUACUCCGGAGGAACUUGAAUUAUACUAUCCUGCCUUAGUGUGCCAGUAUCCAGUACCGCACCAUCUCCUAUUAGUGGGCCAUGCUCUCGAGCACAUCGACCGCUUAGCCAACUGGCUCGCAGCUCACCCAGCCGAGACUUCUGACACAUAUACAGCCAUACACUCCCAGUACCGCACAGAAAUCGUGUUGUCACUGGCUCUCCUAGUGUAUCUGAGCCGAUCGGUCCACUCCACUGAAGUCCUCGGCGAGUGGACACUCGCUUCUGGACUGCUGAGCAAGCUAAUGUAUUGGCUUGCGGAUGAGAGCCAGCCAGAUGGCCUGGCACGGCUGAUUCCUCCGAAAGCCCAGGUCUGGGCAUUGUACGUGGGAUCUUGUUGGGAGCUGAGUCAUCGCACACCGGUACGUGUUGCUUGCAAAGCAUCGUUCUUGGCGUUGUUGAAGAAGCGGGCGGCGGCUUUGCAGCUGUCCGCGUGGCAAGAGGUCAACGCUGUGCUCGCCGAGUUUCUCAACAUGGAUUCCAUGCUUCCUAAUGGUGCUGAAUGGUUUGAGUCUCUGAUGCGCGACGAUGAUGCUGUCUUUGAGCGGGCUGAGUUUCGGUCUGGUGCGGUAUGCCACCAGAGCUGGUGUGGUAAGAUGCACCGAGUUUUGUCUUUGCCUGACGAAGACAAUGUUCCUGAUGGUGGCUGA